GUAAGCAAAUCUAACUCCAACAGUAGCUUUGCCCCUCCCUUAUAGCCCUUCACAUGAGACCUCACCAUUUAACAAAAUUCCAAUUCUCUCCUUGAGUCUUGGAGAAAAAAUGGCAGUGGCUGCCGAUGGCCGGAUUUCCCUCUCAGUCGCCAGACAGUUACGUGGCGCGACAAGGCUGGCAGGGAGGAAGUGGGGGCUUGUGAAGUUUUGUGAUGGAGAAAUGAUGGGGAAGAAGCUGAAGCUGACACAACAAGUUCAGCAAGAAAGUGGUGGCAAUAAGAAUGUUAGGAGACAUGUUUCUAUGUCUCUUACUGCUGAUAUAGUUGGGGAGUCCAAGUUGAGGGACCUAGAGAUGGAAAAGCGGGACCCACGGACGGUUGUGGCAAUCAUACUCGGUGGAGGUGCUGGUACUCGUCUUUUCCCACUCACUAAACGCCGUGCCAAACCUGCUGUUCCAAUUGGAGGAUCUUACAGGCUCAUUGAUGUGCCAAUGAGCAACUGCAUCAAUAGUGGGAUCAACAAAGUGUACAUUCUCACUCAGUUCAACUCAGCAUCACUUAACAGGCAUCUUGCACGAGCUUACAACUUUGGCAGUGGAGUCACCUUUGGAGAUGGCUAUGUCGAGGUUCUUGCCGCAACUCAAACUCCAGGAGAGUUAGGUAAAAAGUGGUUUCAGGGCACAGCAGAUGCUGUACGACAGUUCCAUUGGCUUUUUGAGGAUGCAAGAAGUAAGGCGAUUGAGGAUGUGCUGAUUCUCUCAGGGGAUCACUUAUAUCGGAUGGAUUAUAUGGACUUCAUUCAAAAUCAUCGGCAGAGUGGUGCAGAUAUCACCAUCUCUUCUAUACCAAUGGAUGACAGUCGUGCCUCAGACUUUGGUCUAAUGAAGAUAGACAACAAAGGAAGAAUCCUUUCAUUCAGUGAAAAACCUAAGGGAGAGGAUCUGAAGGCAAUGGCAGUAGAUACAACAGUUUUGGGACUUUCGAAGGAUGAGGCUCAAAAGAAACCAUACAUUGCUUCCAUGGGAGUCUAUGUCUUCAAGAAGGAGAUUCUUCUGAAUCUUUUGAGGUGGAGAUUUCCGACUGCAAAUGACUUUGGUUCAGAGAUAAUUCCUGCCUCAGCCAGAGAAUUCUUCAUAAAGGCUUAUCUUUUCAAUGAUUAUUGGGAAGACAUAGGGACCAUCAGAUCCUUCUUUGAAGCAAACCUUGCCCUCACUCAGCACCCACCAAGGUUUAGUUUUUAUGAUGCAGCAAAGCCAAUGUAUACAUCAAGAAGAAACUUACCACCAACAAAAAUUGAUAGUAGCAAGAUAGUUGACUCAAUCAUAUCACAUGGAAGUUUCUUAACUAAUUGCUUCAUAGAGCAUAGCGUUGUUGGUAUCAGAUCCCGAAUAAGAUCUAAUGUACACUUAAAGGAUACAGUGAUGCUUGGAGCUGACUUCUAUGAAACUGAUGCUGAAGCAGCAUCACUUUUAGCUGAGGGAACUGUUCCAGUUGGAAUAGGAGAAAAUACAAAAAUCAAAGAAUGCAUUAUCGACAAAAAUGCCAGAAUUGGGAAGAAUGUUGUGAUUGCAAACUCGGAGGGUGUACAAGAGGCUGAUAGAUCUUCUGAAGGGUUUUACAUCCGCUCUGGUGUUACAGUAAUAUUAAAAAACACAGUAAUCCAAGAUGGUUCUGUGAUAUAAUAAAUAAGUCUAUCGUCUAAGUCAAUUUUGGAUUGAUCAGGAUGGAAAACAAGAAAAAAAGAAAAAGGAAAAUGAGACAUUAUGUUUACUACCAUCAAUGUAAUGAAGGCGAAUGAGAUUAAAGCAUGUUUAUCAUGUGAAUGUGCUCAAUCCUUAACUGUUUCAGGAGAGAGCAAUUUUUAUAUCAAUCAGAGUAAAUUCUAAUUUCUUGAA